GCCUUCGGGGGGACCCCUUCAGACAUCUGAGACUCAGCGCUGGUGGCGUCCAGAGAGUCACCGCUCCAGAGAGGCACUUAUAGCCUCAUGGCAGUCUCCUACUCUGGUGUGGGCCAGUGUUGGGCCGCGAUGCUGGGCUUGCUGCUGCUGCUGCUGCUGCUGCUGCUGAGGCACCCGGUCAGGAUCGCAGCAAGGGACCAGGGACAUCCCAAGGCCUGCGGUCGGCGUGCAGUACAGGGGAAGGUGCUGGGCGGGACACCGGCCGCAGAGUCCAGGUGGCCCUGGCAGGUGAGCGUGCACUACGCUGGCUUCCACAUCUGUGGUGGCUCCAUCCUCAGCGAGUACUGGGUGCUGUCAGCUGCACACUGCUUCUACCGGGAGAAGAACAUCAAGACCUUUGACUUGUACGUGGGCCUCAUCAACCUCCUGAGGGCCAACAACCACACCCAGUGGUUCGAGGUGAACCGGGUGAUUCUGCACCCCACCUACCAGCUGAACCACCCUAUCGGAGGGGACGUGGCACUGGUGCAGCUCAAGUCCCGGAUUGAAUUCUCCGACUUCGUGCUCCCUGUCUGCCUCCCACCUGUGAGCCUGAACCUCAGCCGCCUCUCCUGCUGGGCCACAGGAUGGGGGCUCACCUCACAGCAAGGUCAUUCCUCAGAUGAACUGCAGGAGGUCCAGCUGCCUCUGAUCCCAAGAACCCUGUGCCAGCUGCUCUACGGGCAUCCAUCCUACAUCACGCAGGAUAUGCUGUGUGCUGGGGACAUCUGGCAUUUGAAGACAGUGUGUGAGGGAGACUCUGGGGGCCCACUGGUCUGUGAAGUCAAUGAGACCUGGGUGCAGAUUGGAAUAGUAAGCUGGGGUCGUGGUUGUACCCAGCCCAUGUUCCCUGGAGUGUAUGCCCGCGUCUCCCAUUUCUCACGUUGGAUUCGUUAUAACAUAGAAGUGACACCCAACCCUCCUCAGCCAACCCCUGCCCUUGCCCCUGCUCUCCCCUCCACUUCCAGUGUGCUGGUGGCUAUGCUGGUCAGCCUGCCAGCUUUGUGAGUACCAAGACUGCCCCUCCACCUGUAGGCUCUACCUGCCCCAACAGCACCUCACACCUUCAGCCAAGUGAGGGCCAUCUGCUCAAUCCUGGGUGCCAGGUCUGAAAAAGAAAAGGAAAAGGAGAGUCCAGCAUCUGGGGACUUUCCAGGGAAACGGGGUGCAGAGAGGCCAGAGUCUAGGCCCUCUGUGUCUGCAAUUCCAUGAGAUCAUUAAAUAUUUACGAUGCAAGCAUCCCAGAGCACCUGCAC